GCUCUGUCUCUGUCUCACUCCCAUAACAACAAAGUCGACGGAGGAGAGAUUAGGAUUGGGAAUUAUCUUUAUUUUGGGAAUAGCUGCCGAUCUUGGACGCAGUCAGUUUGGCCGGGAGAUCCAGAAGUGAACAUCGUCCAAACAGAGAGCACGGCCGAUAGUAAACGGUUCAGCCUUUAAAAAAAAAUGCGUCAUGGAUUCGCUGAAUGAGACACUGGAAAACGACGUUGAUGAGGUGGUGGAGUCUGCAAAUCUGCAAUGGUUCAUGAAUUUCUUCCGCAUAGAGCUGAUCCUAUCGUGCUUGGUUGGCUUAUUCGCUAACUGUCUGAUUGUCUACGCUAUCCUACAAUCCAAGCGAAUGAGGAAGUCGCACACCAAUCUGGUUAUCUUAAAUUGGGCUAUCGUUGAUGGUGUCUUCCUUUUCCUGAUACCAUUCAACUACCGACUGUUCUCUAACAGCAUCAACAAUUUACUAUUCCAACAUAAAUCGCUGGCAUGCAUAAUAAUCAACUCGGACAUUUGCAUCUACUUCAUCGUCUUUAGUUUAGCACUGCUGCUGACUGUCGACCGUGUAAUCAAGGGUAGCAGCACCAAACUGCUCGUAUACAUAAUUUCUUUCAUCUACGCAUUGUUUUUGCUCCUUUGGUCAGUAACGUCCACCGUUUGCUCCAUAUCGGAUAAGUACAUCGUCGGCUACGAGCAGUUUGCGUUCUUUCUACUAUUCGUAAUCCUAAUACUGAAUGUAACCGUCAGGCAAGUCUUGCAUUUCUGCAGAAAGCGCAAAGUCAGCAAAUCGACUGCACUGCGACUCAACAUCGCCACUAUCUUCAUCUGCAAUUGGAUCCUGAGCAUCGCCUCCAUCAUAGUGACUCACCUGACGCCCGCCGUUUUUUUUGUCAUCUUCGGCGUCGCCGGAUAUCUGAACUCAGUUUUCAUAUUAAUUUACCUCAUUAGAAACGACGUCAAUUACAAAAUAUGUUUCCUCAAGUUGUUCCGAAUGAACUCCGAUCGUUACGAAGUGAGUGCAGCGAUCAGCUUCGCCGAAAGUUGCAGCGAGGAUUGCGAUUCUUCACUGAACAUCAGAUUCGUUAACGAAGAUCGGAUCGAGGCGGACGUAUUCGUAUAAUUUUUCUUUGUUCAA